AUGGCCGAUGACCGGUCCAAACUGCUUGAGGAUUAUGUUGUGCAAAUUGCUUCUCCUGUAGAAGCUUUGGAAAAUACAGAUGCCACAAGGAAAAACAGAAUUGUUUUGACUGACAUUAACAGUCCUCAGACGGCUGUGAUGGUCUCUAGUCCUCAGGGAUCUUCAGACUCUAACUCUUCCUCAGGUUCCAGAACAUGUCACAAAACUAUCAGUCACUCACAGACCAAUGAGUUUAAUAUGAACAUAAACUCAGAUUCAAAUUGCCAUGAACAGACAAGCCCAAGUCCAACCUCAUUGCUUAAAAUGGUCAGCACUGACUCAGAAUCAGUUACGAAUGCUUUGGACAACAGCUUGGAGCAGGAUGAUCUGAGUAGCCAAAGCUUUGCUGCAGCACAACAGAUUUUGGCAUCUAGCAUUGGUGCCAUGACCUCUGCAAAAAACAUAAAUCUGACAAGCAUUAAUUCUUCCAGUUCAAAGAAAAGGAAACAAGUUGAAGUUAUUACUGAGCCAUUGUCUUCAAAUGGGAAUUCUUCUGCCACACAGAUUGUAAUUGAGAACAAUUUGGACUCUAAAAAUGUGAUCGAAAUAGAUGAUCUUGAUUCUUUGGAAGAGAGAGUCACAGAAUCUCUGUCUCUUGAGAGUCUUGUUUAUGUACCUGUUGAUGAAUCAAGCACUCUUGACCAAAACCUUCUUCAACAGCAACAACAGCUAUCGAAGAACCAGCAGCAACAACAUUACCUUUGCUCGUACUGUCCAAAUACCCUAAUCUAUGAUGCCUAUUUACCAUUUCGCCGGCAUCUAGCAUCAGUGCACGGCAUUCAACAUGAUCCCUCUGACCCCUCAGGACAAUCUCUGUCUUCUGAUAGCAAACAGAGUUUGGCAACAGGUGCUGUUGGUUCGGAACGAUCCUCCCAAAAGUCAUCUGAAGAUAUUGUUUUGGAGUUGGCUGACUUCCAGAACUUGCAGUGUCGCAAAUGCAAACAUAGUUUUACACAACGUUGUUCUCUACGCAGACAUAUCUUAGAAAUUCACAGUGAAAAACUUGGCUAUUAUUCUUGUCCAUUUUGCACUAACAAAGUCUGGUUCCGUUACUUUCGAACGUUUCUGGCUCACCUCAAGAACCUACAUAGGUUCCAAAAGGACCAAAUCUAUCGAAUCCAUCGAAACUUACAAAAGAACAGUUGGGUGGAGUUUGGCAGUGAGCAGCUCCCAGCUGAUGGAAAUGGGUCUCGAAAUUUCCAUUUUUAA